GAAAAACAGCAAAACUGGAAGAAGGAAAAAAAAUGGUACCUUCUAGAGCAAGCCAAAUACAAAGCCAAGUCGGAGAGAUAGAGAUGAAACACUAUAAGAUCUUGAAUUAGAACCAAAAUCUUCAAUAAAAAAAAAUACAUUAAAGAGAAAUGAAUAAGUAAAAAGAUAUUUGAAAUUUUGAAUAAAGCAUAAAAUCAAACCUUGGAGAAUUUUCAUCAGAGUUGAUGGAGCAAGAUGAAUGCAAGAAUGAGCAUGCAAAGGAUGGAAUUAAUAUAUCACGGGUUAAAAUUGCAAGAACGUGGGUCAAGUAAAGUUCCUGAAAAAUUAAACGCCCCCUCAAUGCUUAGUGCACUAGUGCCUUUAAUUACGUGCUCUACUACCACUAAUCUUUCUCAAUUAUAUUUCUAUCUUGUAUAUUUUCUUUUCGGUUGCGCAGCACAGAGAACGUGGAGUGUGGCAGUUAAAUUAAUUAAGGAUUUCUUUCGUUAUUUUAUUUUUUUAAGAAAGAAACUUUAUUUUUUACUACAUACACGUACACUGACAAUGUACGCACAAGCGAUCUAUAUUUCAAUUUCAUACUGUAAAAAAAAAUUCAUCUAGUUGAGGCUUUUCAAAGAUUGGUAGCUUUGAAACGUUUUGGCACACGUCCUGCUCCUAAAAUAUAGGGACCCAACUACUUCACUUUAAUUAAUUUCGACCCAAAAUCGAACACUUCGCUCAAAGAUUGUAACUAUAAAUUCUUCAAUGCAGUCAGUGGACACACCACAACUUCAACUCUGUUACCCUCUCAAGUCUCUUCCAAAUCUAACUUCAAAGUACUAUCAAACAAAAGAACAUUCACAAAACUCAUGGCUCUUACCACUAACUCAAACACAUUUCCAUUCAUCAUCCUUCUGCUGCUUCUACUAGGUAAUGUAGCUUCGGGGACAAUGUUUACCAUAGAAAACCGUUGCAACAACACAAUCUGGCCGGGAACACUUUCUGGCAACGGUGCUGAACUUCUCGGCGACGGGGGAUUUUCUCUGCCGCCAGGAUCGUCUUUUGACGUCACUGCUCCGCCAGGCUGGUCUGGACGUUUCUGGGGUAGAACCGGCUGCAACUUCGACGGUGCUGGUAACGGGAAUUGCAUCACCGGAGACUGCACCGGAGGAUUGAAAUGCAAUGGUGGAGGUGCUCCUCCAGUGACGUUGGCGGAAUUUACGAUCGGAAGCGUGAGUGGAGAUAAAGACUUCUAUGACGUUAGUUUGGUGGAUGGUUACAAUGUCGGGAUAGGGAUACAAGCAACCAGAGGAACAGGUGAUUGUCAGUAUGCAGGUUGUGUUGCGGAUUUGAACAGUCAUUGUCCAGCGGAGUUGCAGGUAACAGAGGUAGGGGGUUCGGUGGUGGCCUGUAAGAGUGCGUGUGCAGCGUUUAAUACCGAGGAAUUUUGUUGUACCGGUGAACAUUCGAGUCCACAGAGUUGCAGUUCAACACAGUACUCAGAGAUGUUCAAGUCUGCGUGUCCCUCUGCGUACAGUUAUGCUUAUGAUGAUGCUUCAAGCACUUGCACAUGUUCUGAAUCCGAUUAUCAUAUCACUUUUUGUCCAACUGCUUCCUCCUAGCCUUACCACAUUCAACAAUGACUUUUGUUUUCUCUGAUUUUUUUUAUUUUUUUUUUCAAGUUUUCUUUGCUUUCUUGAUUUCUUAUUUCUGAUGGUCUAUGUACUAUCAUUAUCAUUUAUUAUAAUAUGGUUUGGUGAUCACUUAUGUAAGAGUAA